AGGUGUGUGUAACCUAGACGCUCAGAGCCAAGAAAUCAUGUCUAAAGAUGAGAGGUGUCAUCUUGCUGCAAAAAAAGGAAAAUUUGAUGUUCCUCAUCCGUGUGAUGAACUCAAGCAAAUUGCAAAGGAACUUAGCUGUGACAUGACGGAUGGGAAGUUUGCUAAACAUAUGGACGACCAUGAUCCCCUUAGGAGUCUACGGCAGGACUUCUUCUAUCCCAAAAUGAAGGAAGUACUUGGAACUGACCUGAACUUAGUUGAUCCAGAAGAGGACUGUGUCUAUUUCUGUGGGAACUCUCUAGGCCUCUGUCCCAAAAACACCAAAAAGUAUAUAGACGUUGAACUGGACAAGUGGGCCAAAAUUGGUGUACAGGGCCAUCUUCAGGGAGAGGGGAUGCCUUGGGCGAAAUGUGACGAGUGCUUGGAUUCAGAUAUGGCGAAACUUGUUGGAGGUAAACCGGGUGAAGUGGCCAUUAUGAACGGUCUGACUGUUAAUCUACACCUACUGCUGAUCUCUUUUUACCGCCCAACACCAAAGCGAUACAAGAUUAUGUGUGAGAGCAAAGCAUUUCCUUCAGACCAUUACACAUUCCAAAGUCAGAUUAACCUGCACGGGUAUGAUCCAGAGACCAGUUUACUCUGUGUUGAACCAAGGGAGGGAGAGAUGACCCUGAGGACCGAGGACAUCCUUGCUAAGAUAGAGGAGGAAGGCGAGUCUAUUGCUGUGAUAUGUUUUAGUGGUGUGCAGUAUUAUACAGGACAGUUGAUGGAUAUGCCGACAAUAACACGUGCUGGCCAUGCCAAGGGAUGUUACGUGGGGUUUGAUAUGGCCCAUGCUGCUGGUAAUGUUCCUCUCUAUCUACAUGACUGGGAUAUUGACUUUGCCUGCUGGUGUACCUACAAGUACAUAAACUCCAGUGCUGGCUGUUUGGCUUGUAUCUUCUUACAUGACAAACAUAAACAUAACAACUUUCCGAAGCUGCUGGGCUGGUGGGGACACAAGUUUGACACAAGGUUCACCAUGAACAACGAGCUGGAUCUGAGUCCUGGAGCCUACGGCUAUAGAAUCAGCAAUCCGGCAGGUCUUCUAUGUCCACCAAUCAAAGCUAGUCUUGAGAUAUUCAAUAAAACAUCUAUGGAGGAGUUACGAGCCAAGUCUAAGUUAUUGACAGCCUACCUGGAAUACCGUAUCAUAGAGAAAUAUGGACACACCAAUGGGGAGGCAGAAGGUACUUUAGAAUCGGUAGAUGGAGACUUUCAACAUGUACAUGUCCACAUCUUCACUCCGUCUGAUCCAGAGCAGAGAGGGGCCCAACUGUCACUCUCGUUCUCUGUAGACAUUUCAUAUGUCUUUAAAGAGCUUGAGAAAAGGGGGGUAAUUUGUGAUGAGAGGAGGCCAUCGGUGAUCCGUGUGUCCCCUACCCCUCUAUACUGUUCCUUCCAGGACGUCCAUCGCUUUAUGGAGUACCUAGACCAGGCACUGAAGGCUGCUGCUGUUGUAGCUGCUACAGAUAAAAAAUAAAUUAUUAGAAUAAAAAUUAAUUUGAGAGAAAAAAUGAUAAAAUACUCAAGAAAUGAACAUUCCAAAGGAUUUUUAUAUUUUGUAAGUUAUUUGGAUUAAAAUAUAAACAUAAUAAAUGUAUGCAUUAAUUAAGUGAGAACAUUAAAAUAUUAAGUUGUUACAAUCCGGACAAACUGAUUAUGUUUGAUUGAAAAGUGAUCGCUAGUCUUUUGUAUAUUUUACCAAAAGUUACAGACUUUACGCUUGUACCUUUACCACCUCCCAAAUGUUUGAGCGUCAUUCUUGUUUUAGUUCACCAGCAUCAGAUUGUGGGCUGUUGAAAUUGCUUUUGGCCAUGGCCUGUAUUUCUUUUUUCUGUACAUAAAUGAUUCUUGUUAUUGCUAUUUCUUGAGAAAAACCUUUCUAGGUUUUUCUCAAGUUGCAUGUCUAGGUUCCCUAUGGACUUUAUUUGUGCAUUGUUAAUUUUGAUUGAUUGAAACUCGAGAUGAGCGACAUGAAGCCAUUUUGAAUUUUUUACAAAUUUUGUUAUUGCUAUUCUGAGAUAAAAAAGUCUUUAUUGCUUUUUCUGAGAACGUUCCUCAUGGAUCUUUCUUAAUUUUCAUACAUAUAGGUUCCCCUUGGUGUUCAUAGUUGAGCAUGGUCAAAUUUCAACAAAUUAAAAAAACGACCAACUUGCAGCCAUCUGGGAUUUUAUCAUUAAAUAACUGUAUGUAAUUGCUAUUUCUGAUAUCUUUGUUAGAUUUGAUGUGUCCCUAAGAUAUGAUUACCAAUAAUAUUCAGUCAAGGUGGGCUUCAAUAAGAGAUGGCUCUGGGAUCACUCGUUACCAUUUAAAUCUAAAGUCAAUGUGAAUGAAAUAAUUAAUUGCAUCCAAAAGAAAUUCUAAUGUGCUCAACCUCUAUAUUUCUUACGUAACUCUCAGUCUAUCAUUAUCAGGAUGCUGUUAUUUGUGUCCUACUGAUGAAACCUUGAGGGACUUUAGGCUUCCUCUCUGUCCGCCUUGUACGUAUGUACGUUAUGCCGAAGUUUUGUCAGGGCUCUAGCGGCUUCAUAUUCCUGGAGGGAUUUUGAUCAAACUUUACAUAAUGAUAAAUUACCAUAUCAUCUCGGAAAAAUUGGGAGUUUCUGGGUUUCAAGGUCAAGGUCACUGUGAUAAUUUUUUGCGGAGGCCAGUGAGGGACAUGUAUUGUAUUGUUUCAGCAAUACCUGUUAUACUUGUUAUUUUUGUCGUCAGCUGGUGUUUACUAUAUCUACAGUAGUAUAUUCAUACUGUGGAUGCCAUUUUAUGAAUUCUUGCAAGAAGCAGUUUAUACUCUGUCAGCGAUGUAGCAUCUUUGAGGGGCUGCGGUGGCUGAGUGGUUAAGGUGUCCCGACACUUAAUCACUAGCCCUCCACCUCUGGGUUGUGAGUUUGAAACCCAAGUUGGGCAUUGCCUGGUACUGACAGAAGAUCAAUGGUUUUUCUCCCGGGUACUCAGGCUUUCCACUACCUCCAAAACCAGGCACGUCCUUAAAUGACCCUGGCAUGUUAAUAGGACGCUAAACAAAAAUAAACCAAAAAAGCAUCUUUGAGAUAUAAGAGUUUGAGUAUGAAAUGAAAGCAAACUAUAUCGGUGCCUGUGUUCAAUAUUCAUUUAAUGUGUCAUCUGUAGUCGGGUAAGACCUGUAUCAAUGAACAAGUUGUAUUGAUAAUUAGUGUGUAAAUGAAAAACACUGAAAGGGACAGGAUUCCAAUCAAACAAUAAAACAUUCCAGCAUUGUCAGUCAUUGCCUAUGAUUUUACAGAAGUUGGUUUCAUUAAGCUUUAUAUUAAGAUUAUAUUGAGUGUUUAUAUGUUAAAAUAAUCAAAAGUGAGUGUAUUAAAUGAAAACUACAUAUUAUUCAAAUGAUGAAUUUAUUUUACGAUUUCAGCUGUAUUAAGAUUGAUAAUCAGAAAAAUAAGUGUUUAUAAAAUGUAUAAUACUCAGUAUUUCCAAUGAACACAUGAUGCUUUACACCUUGGUAUUUUGCUUUGUACUUGUCUUAUUUGACUUAAAGUGUUAGUGAGAAGUACUAGUGAGGAAGUAAAUAUUAUACAAUUAUUGACUUUUGUGGAGGUGUACAUGAGACUAUACGGAAAUGGUCAAGAGUUUGUUCACCUCGGCCUGCAGCCUCGAUGAACAAACACUCGACCAGGUCCGUAUAGUCUCGUGUACACCGAACACAAAAGGUAAUAACUGUUUUUUAAAAUGGCCAACUAAAACAAAUGAAUAAAAAAUCUGAAGGCUCCUUUCCAAAUAAUGUUGACUAAAGUCGGCAUGCAGACUGACCUUUGGCAUUUAAAUAUGGCCAGAAUAGUUUUUUAUUUAUCCGGGUGUUCAAAAAGUCUUUUUUCUUCAAAAUAUCUUGUAAUUCCUCUUUGUUUGUUGUAGCGAAAUGUUGGGGUAUCUCGUCUGCCAUAUUGUAAACAAAGUUAUGCCGAACAAUCGUUUGUUUCCAGCAUUCUGAUUGGCUGUUGUCCAAAGUAACACGCUGCCUGAUUGGAGGCAAAGAUUUCCGACCUGGUCGUGCUAUAAAUAGCACAAACAGGUCCGCAAGC